AUGGCUAAUAUACGCACAUUACGAGAUAUUAACUCAAAAGGAUAUCGACUUGGAAGUACUAGGGAGGUAGAACUUGAAGAAGCUUUACGUGAUAGUUGUAAGACUAAUUCUGAACUUAUUGAUGAUUUUAAAAACUAUCGGAAGGUGCAUAAAAAGUUUAUUAAUAAUAUCAAACGGGAUAAGGUACAUUUGCAACGUAAUCUAAAUCAAACUAGUAAAGAUAAAGAAGAACUUACCAAGUAUAUCUAUCAACUUAUAGAUGAGAUUAAACGAUUAAACUCAGAAUUAGACAAUUUAUCAUCUCAGAUUAAGCGAUUACAGAUUUCCAAUGUUGAGUACGAAACUAAGAAUAUUACUCAAUUAAGAAAAAUAGAAUCUCUCCAGUCUAUGAUUGAGAUAUUGGAAGGUAAGUUAUCUUCAGCCCAGAACGAUGUGAUUUCUAUUCAAAAUGACUCAUCGAAAAAAGAAUCCGAGAUAUUAUCCCUCAAGUCUAAAAUAGCUGAAGUAGAACAUGAGCUAGCUUCAAAAGUCAGUGAACUUGAGUGUCUGAAAUCGGAGGCUAUAUCAGCAGAGCUGGCACGGCCAAAACCUGUCGUUGGUGGAGAUGUCGAAAAAAAUAUAAUCAAGGAUAGUGAUCUAAGUAAAUAUUUUAUACGCGGAAAAAAUACGCUGUGCGAGGAACAAAGUUCCAUGGAUCCAAUAGAAAAAAUUGAUGAGAUUACUGAACUACCAAAAAAUGAUACCGCGAUUAGUCCUAAGAUAAAUGAGGAAACUAACAUUAGCGAAAUUAAUGAGAAUAUUAUACCCCAAUCUCAAGGCUCGAAGAAUCGCCUAACGGCCUACUCUGCAAUAGAAAUACCGAAUAUAACUCCUUACCUCGCACAGCCGGAAAAUAAUAGCGGAGCUAGUGCUAAAGCACAUAUGUCCUCAUUGAUUGAAUCGAAUUCUCAAAUCCCGAUAGGAGGAAUAGAAACAAUUCCUGCUUUGGCAAGCACUUUGAUGUCACCGCUAUCGGCAUAUAUUUUUCUUACUCUGUUAAUUAUUGCCGUUAUGUGGUUUGUGGUAUUGAGACGUACAUGGAACAUAGGUAGGCUCUUCGAGCCAUUGCUCCGCAAUAAAAAAGCGAUUGGCUAUGGGAUACGUGGAUCAGAUAAUGAAUUUAUUAAUUUUAAAAAUUCUUUAAAAUAG